ACUUCCGCUGCAGGAACAAGGCAUGUUCAUUGUACAAGGCUCUUCUGAAAGAAUACCGCGACUAUAUUAUUAAGGUGAAGUCUGAAAUAUGUGAUUACUUCAAAGUUGUUUAAUCAGUUAAAAACGACUUUUGUGCUCCGAUUUAGUUUGAUAUGUGUUAACCGGUUGGAGCCGCAUGUGCGAAUGACCGAAAAGUAAAGGUUGCACGUUGUACAAAAUCGACAUCACCGUUUUUGUCGGCUCAGGAAUUUGUUCGCUAGCACAGAUAGCUUUGAUAGCAAGCCACCUUGUGGUCCUGUCUUGGCAUUCUAGCCUGUAUUGUGGUAUGGAUUAUUUAUAUUUUUUUAUCUAUAUACAGUUUCUAGUUUGAUCAGGAAUCUCAUUUUGUUUAAUUUGAGAAAAUCAGCUUUCUAAUUCACGCUUGUCUGUAUUUUUUUUUUUUUUUUUAGGGGGGGGGGACAUUUUGGGAGGAGAAAGUAACGUUCUCAGUGGGUUUUUUUUUUUUUACAACAACAAAAACAUCCCCAAACCCAACAAUCAUGAACGGGUUCAGCACUGAAGAAGACAGCCACGACGGCCCCCCAGCGCCGCCGUUUUACGGUCAGACUUGUUGUUUGAUUGAGGACGGUGAGCGCUGCGGACGAUCGGCUGGAAACGCCUCCUUCAGCAAACGGAUCCAAAAAAGCAUAUCGCAGAAAAAACUAAAACUGGACAUCGACAAAAGCGUUCGACAUCUCUACAUAUGCGACUUCCACAAAAACUUUAUCCAGAGUGUCCGUAACAAGAGGAAGAGGAAGACGAGCGACGACGGAGGGGAGUCUCCGGACCAUGACGUGGAAGUUCCAGAGGUGGACCUGUUCCAGCUUCAGGUGAACACGCUGAGACGCUACAAGAGACACUACAAGCUGCAGACCAGACCUGGCUUAAACAAGGCCCAACUGGCUGAGACUGUCAGUCGUCACUUCCGGAAUAUCCCGGUGAACGAGAAGGAGACUCUGACCUAUUUUAUUUAUAUGGUGAAGAGCACCAAAAGCCGACUGGACCAGAAGUCGGACGGGAGCAAACAGCUGGAGUAAAGGCCACCGAUGUAACUUCCCAUACCAAGACUUGGACACGUGUGUUUGAUAACAAGGUGUUUUCCGACAGGCAGCCAAAACUGAUCUUAAGACAGUUGUUGAGACUCCGCAGGGUAAUGUAAUGCUGUAAUGUGAAUAUGCUGAUAUGUACAAAAUGCACAGAUUAUGAAGAAAUCAGCAAAAAGGUAGAAUGCAAUGUAUGAUAACUGCCUUAAAGAUGUUUGUUUUGGGGGUUUUUUGUUUUGUUUUUGCGUUGACUGUUAACAACUUUUGAAGAAGAAAAAUGGUUUGUGCCAAACCAGAGUGUGCAAACUUAAGAUAUCAAUAAACUGGACAGGGUGCAUUUUGUGAAUGAAAAGAUCAUUUAAAAAGGUUUUAAUAAGCAUUGUACAUUUUCCUGUUGUCCAGCUAGUACUCAUUCUGUUAUCCGGUGGUGUGACAUGCAUGUGAAGACUGAGGAAGUUGAAUGAUGUAGCAUUUUGGCAGACCCUUUUCAAAUGUUUUGUUUCUCACACUCAGACUUUUCCCUCUCUAUCUUCUACACUGAAACACACACAGACUGAAGUGGUGUUUCAGUUAAAAACAAGUUAUUUUCAAAUAUUGGUGUUGAUAUUUUAAUUUCUUUUACAUUUUUGUUUGUUUUUCUUUACCCACUACCUUUUUUGUGAUAAAUAUAAGAACAGGACUUUAGUUCAUCAUUGAUUGUAAGAUUUUUAUGUAAAGUUGUGUCUGGUGGGAACUAAAUAUUUCAACAGUUGUUUUAGAUUUUUGUCAUUUAUCAUGCUUUCAGCAUUUGAGACUAAUUUUAAGCAAUUAAUUGAAGCUGUGUUCAUUAGUGGGAAAUGCCUUAUUACCACAAUAUAUUAUUUCCAAAGCAAACGUUGUUGCUCUACUAACACCGGCACAAUAUAGAAAGUCUCAACUUUGGAGAGCAGUGAACUGUGUUUGAACCACCUAAAUUGCUUUCACAGUGCACAAUGAGCACUGCCUGUACUUUUGCUUUAGUGUUUACAAUAUGUUAGUUCUAUUCUAUUGGAAUGUAUUUCUGAGGAAUCAUGUCGCCCUGGACUUGUCAAGUCAAUUUCCUUUCCUGGCACCGUGUUGAAAUAAUGUGUUGUCUAAUGGAUCACAGUACCAACUAUAGUCACUAGAGGAAGAUGGGAGUUUGUUUUUUUGUUUGCUUCCUCUGCCGCUAAUUAAUGAGUUUCUUCACUUCAACACCGCUGUACGUUCACUGGUUUGUUUGAGUCAGUGGUCUCUCCACAGAUGAUGGUAUGUCUUUUUAGUAUUGAUUUGUUUCCAAUUUUCCCUGUCCUUAUUUAUAAGUCCCGAGAAAUAAGUCAUGUCUGCUGCGUUCCAUGUUACACCAUCAGUUAGCCAUGUCAGGUGUGUCAUUGCUGAAGUAUCGAUGGCUUUUUUUUUUCGCUUGUAGCCUUGUUAGCACCAUAUAGAUUUCCCCUCUUGAACAAAUUGGCUGUGCUGCGUUAAUACUGUAAUGGCUGUGCUGCGUUAACCUAACUGUUGUAAUAGAUAAUACGUGUAUUUAAAUAUGGCUGCGUAUUGCUUUUAAUAAACGUAUUGUACAUAGA